GCCUUUAAAUCUGCCUAUCUGGGAGAGGACCCACACACAGCACGGUUGAACUUGGGCAACCACCCUGUGUGGAAGGCACGGGGGGGAAGUCCUGUGGCAACACCUCAUUUGUUUUGCAGAAACAGGUCCUGUGGCAGAAGCCUCCUCUGUCCCGCAGUCGCAGGCGCCACAAUUUUUAGUCCUUGGAGGAACUUCUUGGCAUCCCAGAGCCAGCAUGCCAGGGAACUUGCUGCAAGAAGAGAUGGCUCCUUUAUAUACGACCGCCACCACCACCAUCACAGCACCUCCCUCUGGGGCCAUGCAGAGAGGAAGAGACAAGUUAAAGACGGUGCCCCUCUACCUGGAAGAAGACAUCCGCCCUGAAAUGAAGGAAGAUAUCCACGACCCCAGCUACCAGGAUGAGGAGGGGCCCCCGCCCAAGCUGGAGUAUGUCUGGAGAAACAUCAUCCUCAUGGCGCUGCUGCAUCUGGGGGCACUGUACGGGAUCACCCUCAUUCCCUCCUGCAGGCUCUACACCUUGCUCUGGGCACAUGUCUACUAUAUGACCAGCAUUUUGGGCAUUGGAGCUGGAGCCCACCGCCUGUGGAGCCACAGAACUUACAAAGCGCGGCUGCCCCUGCGGCUCUUCCUCAUCAUCGCCAACACCAUGGCUUUCCAGAAUGAUGUGUAUGAAUGGGCCCGAGACCACCGCGCCCACCACAAGUUCACAGAGACGCAUGCCGACCCCCACAAUUCCCGGCGGGGCUUUUUCUUCUCUCACGUGGGUUGGCUGCUGGUGCGCAAACACCCGGCUGUCAAAGAGAAGGGCGGGAAGCUGGACAUGUCUGACCUAAAAGCCGAGAAGCUGGUGAUGUUCCAGAGGAGGUACUACAAGCCUGGCGUCCUGCUCCUGUGCUUCCUCCUGCCCACGCUGGUGCCCUGGUACUGCUGGGGCGAAACUUUCCGACACAGUUUGUAUGUUGCCACUCUCCUGCGCUACGCCGUGGUGCUGAACGCCACCUGGCUGGUGAACAGCGCCGCCCACCUCUACGGAUACCGCCCCUACGACAAGAGCAUCGAUCCCCGGGAGAACGUCCUGGUUUCCUUUGGAAGUCUGGGCGAGGGCUUCCACAACUACCAUCACACCUUCCCCUACGACUACUCCACCAGUGAGUACCGCUGGCAUGUCAACUUCAGCACGUUCUUCAUCGACUGCAUGGCUGCCCUCGGCCUGGCUUACGACCGGAAGAAAGUAUCUAAGGCCGCUGUCCUAGCCAGGAUUAAAAGGACUGGAGAUGGGAGCUACAAGAGUGGCUGAGUUUGGGGGUCUUCUGGGUUUCUAAUCCAAAAGCCAGCUGAACAGAGGUUUAACAAUGUUGUUUAAAUAUUGAAAAAUACCAUGCUGUUAGGAUGUUCCACAGAGUCCCAUUUCAAGACAGUAUUCUUGUAAAAUAUUCAAAUAUUAAAAGGCAAACUCUUUUAUGAUGCCAAGCAGAAA